AGCCUAACAAAAGCGCCAUGAUUUUUAGUACAUAUAGAAAACUACUCGAUGAGGAAACAAAAACAAAUUCUUAACAAAUUGCCUUGUAAUUGUUUUCCAAAUUCAUGAGCAUCCUUCCUCUUCUAUUCCUCUUCAUCUCCCAAUCUUUAUGGAAAACUUCAGCAUCACAAACAUGGAUCAAAGCCGGUUAUUGGUACACCCAGAGCGAAUACCCGAUACCCAACAUAAACACAGCUCUUUUCACUCACCUCAUAUGUGCUUUCGCCUACAUCAACCCCUCAACCAACGAGCUAAUUUUAAUAACAUCAGAUGAGCCAUAUGUAUCCACGUUUGCAUCCACGGUCAAGAAAAGCAACCCAUUGGUUAAACCACUUUUAUCAAUACGGACACAAAAUGAAUAUUAUGGAACCAACAAAAACUCAUCCUUGUUUUUAUCAAUGAUCAACAACCCGGCCUAUCGAAAGACUUUCAUCGAGUCUUCAAUAAAAAUGGCCCUGGAUCACGGCUUUGAAGGGCUUGAUCUUUAUAUUACUACUUUGUUAAGUACAAAGGGAAACAUGACUAACUUGGGUAUUUUAUUUAACGAGUUGAGACAUGCGGUGGAUCAAGAAAAACUGAUCUUGACCAUGGGAGGUCAUUACUCCCCUGAAUUUGAUUUACAGAGUUACCCGGUUGACUUGGUAAGCAAAAAUUUUGAUUGGGUGCACAUUAAAGCAUACGCCUAUCAUACACCUUUGGUCGAUAAUUUCACGGCUGCCCAUGCAGCCUUAUAUGAUCCAUCUAGCCCGGUGAAUACGGAUUAUGGUGUAAACGAAUGGAUCAAAAGAGGAUUACCGGCUAGCAAGUUGGUGUUGGGCAUGUCAUAUCAUGGCUUUGCCUGGACCCUUGUGGACCCUAAGGAUAAUGGCUUCGGUGCACCGGCUAAAGGUGUGGCUAUUACGGAUGAUGGGACAGUGGGCUAUAAGCAUAUCAAGCAGUAUUUGAGAAGUUACGGAGUUAAUUCAGUGCGUAAUUCGACAUAUGUGGUAAACUACUGUGCAAUUGGCUCAUUUUGGAUUGUGUUUGAUGAUGUGGAAAGUAUCAGAAAAAAAGUUGCUUAUGCCAAAGAGAAGGGGCUUCUUGGUGUUAGCGUAUGGCAUGUUUCUAAUGACGACAACUGGGAACUCUCAAAAGCUAUCGCACAAGAAGAAGAUGCUUACAACCAUCACAAGCGAUUAUUGGUGAUUACUUUGUGCACAAUUACUUUCUUUAUCCUGCUCCUAGGCUGCAUGAUCUGUUGCCUGAGAAAAAGGAUCAUAUCUAAAGUGAAACAGGUGAUGAAUAGUGGCAAACCAUCAGAUCAUAACCACCAAGUACUUAGCUUUGAAGACAUAAGGGAAGCAACAAAUAGCUUCUCAGAAGAAAAUAAGCUUGGCGAGGGUGGAUAUGGACCCGUCUACAAGGGAAAAUUGUCAAAUGAACAAGAAAUAGCGGUAAAAAGACUUUCGCGUAGUUCUAAACAAGGAGUCAAGGAGUUCAAGAACGAGGUUACAUUUGCAACAAAACUACAACAUGUGAAUCUAGUAAAACUCUUGGGGUUCUGCACUGAAAGGGAAGAAAAGAUGUUGAUCUAUGAAUACAUGCCAAACAAAAGCUUGGACCUCUACCUCUUUGAUCCAAGUAGAAGGUCGAUGUUGAACUGGGAGAAAUGGGUUGAAAUAAUUGAAGGAAUAAUCCAAGGACUUUUAUAUCUCCAAGAAUACUCGAGACUAACAAUAGUUCACAGAGACUUGAAAGCAAGCAACAUUUUACUUGAUGCUAAUAUGAAGCCUAAAAUAUCAGAUUUUGGUAUAGCAAAAAGCUUUGAGAGCAAUGAAAUAGAAGCGAAUACCGACCGGAUUGUUGGAACCUAUGGAUGUGUUCCUCCCGAGUAUAUAAAACAAGGUUUAUACUCUAGAAAAUAUGAUGUUUACAGCUUUGGAGUUCUCCUUCUGCAGAUCAUAAGUGGGAAGAAGAAUUACAACGUCUAUGGACCACAUCAAAACCUCAAUCUCCUAGAAUACGCAUAUGUUCUUUGUAAAGAAGGCAGAGGAAUGGAGUUUAUAGAUUCUUCAUUGGAUGAUGAAUCUUCAACGUAUAAAUUAAGUAGAUGCAUCCAAGUGGCCCUGCUAUGUGUUGAAGAAAAAUGGACACAUAGGCCAUCAAUGUUGGAAGUUUCAGCCAUGUUAAGGAAUGAAUAUCAAAAUCUGCCUAUGCCAAGGCGGCCUGCUUUUUCAACAAAUAAAUACGAGGAAGAAAAGAAAAAUAAAGCCAACGGAAAAGUCUAUUCAGUUGAUAUGGCAACCAUUUCCCAACUUUUGCCUCGAUGAGAUGCCACUAUGUCUCGCAGUGGUGGAAUCAAGGCUUCUUUAACUCGGGCUUUCAACUCCAAUUCCUAAAGCAAACACGGAUUGUUCUUCUAGUUCUAUUGCUACCGAACCUUUGCACAAUCAAUCCAUGAUUCCACCAUGGCAUCAACCGCUAUGCUUCUAUUCAACAUUUUUAAAUCCUUUUGAUAUUUUGGUGCGACUUAAUUAUGCUUAUGACUUCUGGAGCUUUGGAGGAUAGACUAUCAAAAUAUGAUGAUUUUUUUUCUUCUACACUAAGUCCUGUUAUUUUUUUUUUCUAGACAACAAGUUAGAAGGCUAUUCUUGAAGACAUGAAAGAGUCUCAAGAGUUCAAAAAUACUUAAUGAAAUGAAUUAGACUUUAUAUAUCCUAUGAAAUUGUAACAUGCAUUUGUGGAAUUAUGU